UCCCCUCCCAACAUGGCGGCAAGGGGCGGCCGUCACGUGACACCGCCGCCUUGCCCUUCCCAACAUGGCGGCAGGGUCAUGUGGUCGCCCCUCAGCCGUUGCCAGUCAACGGCAGACGCGGUCCUGCCGGUGGCUUCCGUUGAGGCCUCACCGGGGGAGACCAGGCCGCGUCUGGAGGCCUGGGUCCUCGGCAGGAGGGCGAGGGGUUGCCCUGCCGCGGUGGGUGCCCCCCCCAGUAGUCCCCGACCCCUUUCGGGGUCCGCUCGUAGGUCUGUGGGAGGAAGGGGUGCUCGCUGCCCCCCGCGAGGGCCGCCAUGGAGAUCAAAUAUGUCUACACACGGAAGCGCAGUGAGUUCGGCCGGCCCUGCAACUUCUCCGACUGGCCGGCCACGGUCAACGUGGACAUCCCUCCCGACCCCAGCAUGGCCAGCAACUUCAUCCUGAGGAACCCCGUGGAUAGCUCCGUCCAGCACACCAGCGACAUGUCGGAGCACGAGGUCAACACCGAGCCGGUGGAGGUGGAAUCCUGCGGUGUCAACCACGUGGAGGGCGGCUGGCCCGAAGACAUCAACCCGCAGGAUAUGGAAAAAACCACCCGCUUCAGGAAGAAAGUGGAGAAAGACAAACACUACAUCGACACCAUCGUGCACCUCGGCACCCUGAUGGAGCACUGCAUCAAGCAGAACAACGCCAUCAACAUCUACGAGGAGUACUUUGGAGAGGAGGAGGAGACGGCAGAGGUGGAAGAUGAGCCCCCCUCGGCAAAAUACAUCGAUGUCAUCAGGGAUCCCAACGAAACCAAGAGGACGGCCACACAUCUCUCCUGGCACCCUGACACGUGCAAGAAACUGGCAGUGGCUUAUUCCAGGCUGGAGUUCCAGAAAAACGCGAAAGACAUGAGCUUUGACUCGUACAUCUGGGAUCUCGAAAACUCCAACAAGCCGGAGCUCGCUCUCAAGCCGUCAUCCCCUCUGGUGAGACUGGAAUACAACCCCAAAGACUCACACAUCCUGCUAGGAGGAUGCUACAACGGGCAGAUGGCUUACUGGGACACCAGGAAAGGGGAGCUGCCCGUGGAGGUGUCCCACGUGGAGGUCAGCCACAGGGACCCUGUGUAUGGAGCCAUCUGGCUGCCCUCCAAAACGGGCACCGAGUGCUUCUCGGCCUCCACCGACGGGCAGGUCCUGUGGUGGGACAUCCGCAAGCUGUCUGAGCCCACCGAGUCACUGGUCCUGGACAUCACCCACAAAGGGCUCCUGGAGAACGCUCUGGGUGCCCGCACGCUGGAGUUUGAGCCCACCAUGCCCACCAAGUUCAUGGUGGGCACAGAGCAGGGCACCAUCAUCGCCUGCAACCGCAAGGCCAAGACACCCUCCGAAAAAAUCACCAGCAUCUACAGAGGCCACAUUGGACCCGUCUACGCGUUGGCCAGGAACCCGUUCUACCCCAAAGUCUUCCUCACGGUGGGUGACGGGACUGCUCGGAUCUGGUCAGAGGAGAUCAAGGACUCAUCAAUUAUGCAGACCAAGUGCCACCUCUCCGACCUGACGGACGGGUGCUGGAGCACCGUGAAGCCAUCAGUCUUCUUCAUCACCAGAUCGGACGGGACCCUGGACGUCUGGGAUUUCCUCUUCAAGCAGAAGAACCCCUCUCUCAGCCUGAAGGUCUGCAACGAGCCCCUCUCCAGCCUGCGCCUGCAGGACAACGGGUGCAUCGUUGGCUGUGGCUCCAAGCUGGGCACCGUCACCCUGCUGGAAAUGUCCUCCGGGCUCUGCACCCUCCAGAGGAACGAGAAGACCCUGGUCACCGCUGUACGUCCCGCUUUGAGCCACCAGAUGUUCGAGCGGGAGACGAGGAGGGAGAAGAUCGUGGAGGCUCGGCGCAAGGAAUUGCAGCUGAAGAAGCGUGCCAAGUCAGAGGCCCAGGCGACGGAGGUGAAGGAGAUGCUGCCAGAGGAUCCCCAGGAGGUGCUCAACCGUACCCGCCAGGAGUUCUUCAAGGUCAUCGAAGCGGAGAGGCAGAGGAGGACGGGGGCAGAGGCUGGGAACCGGCUCAGCGAGGUACCAGGGGUGGCACGGACCUGCACCUGGGGUUGCUGCUCCGUGGCUGAUGGUGGGGUGAGGCUGCUGCCCCCCAGCUCAGCUGGGCUCCUGGGGGUCUCUGCCCCCAUGGGGUGGUGAGCAGAGCACCCCACACAGCUCCCUGACCCCACACCAGGUCUCUCUGCAGGAGCCGUAGCCAAGACAGGACCGGUGGGUCACACAGAACCCCUCACAGA